AUGUUGCAGUUUAACAUGCAGCGACAAUUUCCUUUCCUAAAACAGAAAGGCAGAGAGAGGGAAGCACCAAAUGUCCUCCUGCAACCUGACAAGGAGAAAGGUAACAAAGGCAUGCAUGUAGACAAGCAGAGUGGCUUUUCUGCUGCUGCUCCACAGAAGUCUCAGCACCUACUGCUCUUGGGACCUGAGGGGAAUGGCAACUAUUAUGUGGACGAUGAAGAUGAGGAUGAAGAUGAGAAAGAAGAAGAAAACUGGCUAAGUGGAGACAAAUUUGAAGGAGAAAACAAGCCUUCAUCAUCCAUUCCUUUCUCCCCUACCCUUUCUUCUGGAGUCCCGGCUUCCACCUCAUCCGUGCUGAAGAUCAACGUUGGUGGCCAAAGCUACCGCCUUGCCUACCAGGCAGUGGCCAUCUACCCCAAGACCCGCCUGGGACGCCUGGCUACCUCCACGGAUCGGCGCUGCCAGCUGGGCCUGUGUGAUGACUACGCUGCCCAGGUAGAUGAGUAUUUCUUUGACAGGGACCCAGCUGUCUUCCAGCUGGUGUACAACUUCUAUGCCUCGGGUGUGCUGCGUGUACGGGAUGAGCUCUGCCCUCGUAGCUUCCUGGAGGAGCUGAGCUACUGGGGUGUGCGACUCAAGUACACACCUCGCUGCUGCCGCAUCUGCUUCGAGGAGCGCCGCGAUGAGCUGACGGAGCAGCUGAAGGUCCAGCGUGAGCUGCGCUCCCAAGCAGAGGCUCAGGAGAACGAGCAGCUCUUCCACCACAUGCGCUACUAUGGUGCCCAGCGCUGGCGCCUCUGGAACCUCAUGGAGAAGCCUUUCUCCUCUGUCACUGCCAAGUUGAUGGCAGUGGCCUCCAGCUUCUUUGUGCUCAUCUCCGUGGUGGCCCUGGCACUCAAUACUGUGGAGGAGUUACAGCACGUAGACCAAAUCAGCGGGGAGACCCGGCCUAUCUUGGAGCACGUUGAGACCCUGUGUGUCGCAUUCUUCACACUGGAGUACCUGCUGCGCUUGGUCUCCACCCCAGACCUGCGCCGCUUUGUCAGCAGCGCCCUCAAUGCAGUAGACCUCAUUGCCAUCCUGCCCCUCUACCUGCAGAUGGUGAUCGAAUGCUUUAGUGGUAGCGACGAUCCUGGAGGUCAUGGAUCUCAGCACGAGCAUGAGAUCGAGACAGUGGGACGGGUGGGCAAGGUGGGACAAGCACUUCGCAUCAUGCGCCUCAUGCGCAUCUUCCGCAUCCUCAAGCUGGCCCGGCACUCCACAGGGCUGCGUGCCUUUGGCUUUACUUUGCGCCAGUGCUACCAGCAGGUGGGCUGCCUUUUGCUCUUCAUUGCCAUGGGCAUCUUCGUCUUCUCUGCCAUGGUCUACACAGUGGAGCAUGAUGUCGCCAGUACCAACUUCACCAGCAUCCCCCACGCUUGGUGGUGGGCUGCCGUCAGCAUCUCUACAGUGGGAUAUGGAGACAUGUGUCCAGAAACUCACCUUGGCCGCCUGUUUGCUUUUCUCUGCAUUGCAUUUGGAAUAAUCUUGAAUGGCAUGCCCAUCUCCAUUCUCUAUAACAAAUUCUCAGACUAUUACAGCAAGCUGAAGGCGUAUGAGUACACAGCUCUCAAGAAAGAACGGGGGAAGGUGGACUUUGCACGGAGAGCCAUGAAGAAAAUAUCUGAAUGUUGUGGAGAAGCACACCCUUUGCCACAGCACUGA